AUGAGUGGUGAAGGUUACACUACUGGUACACAUGCAAGUAUAAUGUCAUUUGGAGAGGCCUAUGAUGGUAUACAUCAAUUGAAAAGAUGCAAAAGAUUACCAGCAAGAGCAUCAUCAAAAUUCACUGAUACUAGUAUCGAUGAUCUCCCUGAUUACCUGUUGGUUGAAGUCCUAUGUCGACUUCCUGACAAUAAAAUCUGCUUGCAAUGCACAUCUGUGUGCAGACGUUGGUGCUCUCUCAUCUCUGAUCCUCAUUUUAUUGGUCGCUUUCUUUGGCUCCAAAGGGAUUUAGGGUCGCCAAUAAUUCGUACUUUGAUAAACCACAAUGCAGAGGAGUUCCCUACUAAAGAUGUGUUUCAAAGACUCAGGAGUUUCCUCCGUCUGAAAGAAGAUCCAUUUGUACUAGCGACAUGGAAUGACUUGGUUUUGUGCUGUGCAAGCAAGGAUGAUCAACAUGAUUACUACAUUUGCAAUCCAUACACCAUGCAACUGGUUACUCUUCCUCCCAUCCCUGCAUGCCACAAAUUUGUGCCAGUGGGAUUCAUAUGCGAGCCCUACUAUAAUUAUGAAGAGGAAGAUGGUGAUCAUCGAAAAGAACAAAAGAUCAAUAUUAAUGGUGAUUAUAGGUGCAAGGUUGUGAGAAUAGUUCCUUCAGAAAUAACUUGUUUUGGCAUUACCAUUCAAGUAUUCUCUUCUGAGACCGGGGAAUGGAGAGAGUCAGUUGUAUCAACACCAGGAGACCUUUCCUCUAUUGUGAAGGAGAAUUUCACAUUUGAUUUCUUAGGUGUGUACCAAGGAUUUCUGCGCAUGUGCGACUACAACUUUGACAAUUAUUGGCUGCUUGUUUGGGAGAUGACUGAAGAAGAACAUGAGCAGCUGGUUGUCAUUGGACCUGGAAAAUGUGGUUUGGAACAUGUGAAACGUUAUUCACUUCCCCCAAAAAUGAUUCCUGGUGAUCCAGAUGGGCAUGUUGAAUUGCUAACUUUUGACCCAAAUAAUGGUGAUAUCCUUUAUCUACGCAUAAAUGGAGAAAUCGUCAAGUGUAACAUUCGUACAGGAAAGUGGUCAAAGAUGGUUGGGACGAAUAUGCUAACUGAUUUAUACUUCUUCCAAUUAGUGCUCCCGUGGUGGCCUACACCAGUUCCGAGACUACCAGAUUAUUAG